GUGGGCAUUCCCCACUGAGCCCAACAAACGCACACACUCACGCAGGGCCUAUGUUCUGGCUUCUGAGCCCAGGCGGCUGGUCUCGGCGGCAUCCAGGCCUCUUACGGGCUGCCCUGCUCCCGGGGUGCCCCUGAACCCAGAAACCUGGGGGUCGUGGGAGGGAAGGGAGUGUCUGCUUUGCUCUCGAGGGAGCCCCCAGUGACUGCAGCAGGAUGGGGGGGCGGCCCUCGAGCCCCCUGGACAAGCGGCGGCAACAGCACCUGAGAGGCCAGGUGGACACCAUGCUGAGGGACUUCCUGCCCUGCUACCGCGAGCAGCUGGCGGCCUCUGUCCUGCGACAGAUCUCCCGUGAGCUGGGGCCCCAGGAGCCCGCCGGAUGCCAGCUGAUGCGCAGUAAAAAGCUUCCCCGAGUCCGUGAGCACCAAGGGCCUCUGACCCAGCUGUGGGGCCACCCGCCUCGGUGGCAGGCGAUCUUCUGUGUCCUGCGGGGGGAUGGCCGCCUGGAGUGGUUCAGCCAUAGGGAGGAAUAUGAGAAUGGGGGCCAUCCCCUCAGCUCCGUGGCCUUGACAGGGUAUACCGUCCUGACUUCCCAGCGGGAAUAUCUCUGCCUGUUGGAUGCUCUCUGCCCAGUCCCCUCAGGAGAGCAUACCCAGGAAGAGCCCGAACCCCUCCUGGAAAUGCCCGUGAACUUCCCCCUGUUCCUGCAGCACCCCUUCCGCCGGCACCUCUGUUUCUCCGCGGCCACGGGGGAAGCGCGGCGGGCUUGGAGGCUGGCCCUCCAGGGUGGCAUCCGGCUCCGUGGGACAGUCUUGCAGCGCAGUCAGGCCCCCGCAGCCCGUGCCUUCCUGGACGCCUUAAGACUCUAUCGGCAGCGCCGAGGCCACUUUGGCGAGGACGACGUGACCCUGGGCUCGGAUGCCGAGGUGCUGACCGGGGUGCUGAUGCGGGAGCUGCUGCCGGCGCUGCGAGCCCAGACCCUGCCCGGCCUGCGGGGGGCCAGCCGCAACCGUGCCUGGGCCUGGACCGAGCUCCUAGACGCAGUCCACGCUGCCGUCCUGGCCGGGGCCUCCGCCGGGCUCCGCGCCUUCCAGCCGGAAAAGGACGAACUGCUGGCGGCCCUGGAGAAGACCAUCCGCCCGGACGUGGACCAGAUUCUGCAGCUGCGGGCGCGCGUGGCGCGGAGGCUGCGGGUGGAGGUCGAGGGCCCCCUGGAGUCCUGCCUGCGCGGGAGGGUGGACACACAGCUGUCCCGGGUCACGCAAAAGCUGCUGAGCACCGUGGAAGCCGUGCUCUCAACAGUGCAGACCCUCCUAGCCCAGGGCAUGGACCGCCUGUCUCGCCACCUGCGUGGGAGCCCCUCUAGCACCCGCUUGCGCAAGGAGGUUUACUCAUUUGGGGAGAUGCCAUGGGACUCAGAGCUGAUGCACGCCUGCUACCGUGAGGCUGAGCGAAGCCAGAAGCGCCUGGGGCAGCUGGUGGCGCCUUUUGGCUUCUUUGGCACACGAAGCCUGGUAUUUGGGGCCCAGGAUCUCGCACAGCAGCUUAUGGCUGACGCCGUGGCCACCUUCCUGCAGCUGGCGGACCAGUGUCUGACCACAGCCCUGGACUGCACCCAGGCCGCCCAGCAGUUGGAGAAAGUCAGGGGGCGGGUGCUGAAGAAGUUCCAGUCGGACAGCAGCUCAGCGCGGAGGAGGUUCAUCCGUGGAUGGUUGCUUUGUAUCUUCUUGCCCUUUGUGUUGAGUCAGCUGAAGAGUAGCUGCAAAGCGGAGCUGCCUGAGUUUGAAGGGGAGGUCCUCGCCAUGGGUAGCCCGGCCCUGACCAUCGAGGGUAUCUAUGAAGACAUUGUCCGGGGGGUUCUGCUGCAGAGGAUUGAUGGAGAACUGAAAAAGGCCCUUGGUGUCAGUGACAUGUCCUGCACUCUGGAUGGCUGCUCGGAGGCCCCAUGGGACCCGACAGGAGCAGACGAGGAAACUGAGGCUCAGAGAGGGACUUGUCCCAGGCAACCAGGCUCUGGUGCCGAGGUCCAGCUGCUCUGCUCACGGCCUCCUCCAGGAACAUCCACAGCUGCGUCUCGACCGCAUCUCUCUUCGUUCCCAUCGGACAAAUGAGUCAAAGCAUCCACACCAUUUCAAGGCUUUUAUUUUUCUUUUAUUAUUAAAAAUUUUUUUAAA